AUGGGUGAACAAACUUCUCUCUGUAAAUUUGGUGAUUCUACCGAAGAAUCACCAGAUCCGUUGCCAUCUCCGAUCAAUAUCUGUAAAUCCGAUGAUUUCACCGAUUAUUCACUGGAUUCGAUGAUGGUGCCUCGUUUUUUCGGUGAUACGGCGCCGCUGACGAUGUCCGAACCCACGUUUUCAGAUGUGGUGACGGCGACCCACACUGAAAUUAUGUCCUUUCCGGCUUGGGCUUUGGAGCCGGACACUGUCGUGCCGGAAACCCCCCAAGAUCUGGUGGCCGUGGAUGGAGAAUCAGAGCUAGAUCUGGCCGUGGAUGGCUUCGUCCAGGAUGAAGAAGGCCGGCCAUUCGAUACGGUGGUGCCUGAAACGGAGGGAGAUCUGGCCGUGGAUGGCUUCGUCCUGGAUGAAGAAGGCCGGCCAUUCGAUACGGUGGUGCCUGAAACGGAAGGAGAUCUGGCCGUGGAUGGCUUCGUCCUGGAUGAAGAAGGCCGGCCAUUGGAUAUGGUGGUGCCUGAAACGGAGGGAGAUCUGGAGCCUGAAACGGUGGUGCCGGAACCUUUUGAUAAUUGGAGGGGCUAGAGCAACGAGAGAAGGAUUUGGUACCUUCGAUUGCUAUCUCGCUACUGCCCGGCUGCCUUAGACCUAAUCUAAUCAGGCCUUCCCAUCAUCUUUUGUGCGCGUGCUGCUGUCCAUAGUCGCCAUAUAGUCCUCACAUCGAUCUGGAACAGUGCUGCUGCCUCUUUCUUCGCGCCGUGUCGAAGCUUCAAGUCGUUGCUGUUCUGGAGCAGCCACUGUGCAACAUUGUUCCUUUCAAUUUCAGACAUGUUUGCUCUUUUCCUUUUGUCUGCCAUCUUCUCUUUCUCUUCUUUACUUUUUCAGUUUUUGAAGUAAAGAGAGCAUUUAGGCUUUAAAUGCUCUCUUAUUUAUUGAUGUAAGUGGAGAAAAAAACAAGUGGAAUUUGGCUCCAAUUCGAUGGAAAUUUUUGGUGGGAAAUGAAAUUUGGCUAUUUUGGUUCA